GAGCAGAGGCGGAGCAAAGGCAUGGACCUCGUCUCUAAACCAGGAGGCAAAUCCAUCGUGUGGGUGUCCUUCGGUUUUAAAGCUGAUGAGAACGGACAGCCUUUGAACCCUGGACAAGCCGUUUGUCGUCUGUGUCGAAAAACCAUAUUGUCAAAAGGUGGAAGCACCACGAAUUUGAGAAAUCACCUGAAAGUUCGGCAUCGCGUAGAUUUACUUGAAGCUUCUUCGUCCACGACCCCCGAAUCCUUGUAUGAGACUCAAGCUUUCUGUUUGAAUCAUGAAGAAUUCUUGGACAAAGUUCCGCUUCUCCAGGAUUCUUCCAAUCAGAAUUACAUCCCAGAUGCGGCGCAGCCACCAGGGGAUCCGUGGCUGCAAGGUGGACCAUCCCGAGCUGUCCUGUCACUGCCUUUGUGCCUGCGCCUGUGUGGAAACAUCGACUCUGGAAUGUCCGAACCAUCCAGUGGAGAGUCAAUGGGGGAGAUGAAACUAUACGCCAAUUGUCACCUCCAGCAAGGCGUCACUUUUGGACCCUUUGUAGGAGAACUGUGCAGGGGACAGAUGCCAACCAAUCUCAAAUAUUCCUGGGCUAUUAGAGAAGAUGCUGCUUUCAUCUAUGUUGAUGCUUCUGAUGAAAAUAAAUCCACCUGGAUGAGGUGGGUAGUUCAAAUUUUAGUAACGUGUCCCUUCAAAUUACAUUUUUUUCACUUUGUGUGUUUUAAUGCUACCUGACUUUUAGUCAAGUUGAUUUAAUUAGUUAAUUUGGAUUAACACUCACAUUUGUGAGUCACACUCCCAGAGCCCAACAGCACCUUUCUCUGGUCAGACCACAGCCAGUCGCAGAGCCCCAUGCCUGUCAUCACUGACGUGUCAACAAUUUCCCACACGAAUGCCUCUUACGACUCAGGUGAGCCCGACCCAACUGGUCGACCGCUUGACCAGAACAAGAGGUGAGGUGAAAGAGGUGAACUGUGCUGGGGAAGCAGCAGACCUCCAAAAGCACUUGGCGAACAAACAUCACAUCAGACCACGUGACAGCAACAAGGAUCAAUGUGUAGGUCAGGGACGCUCUCGGCCACCGAUGGUUACAAGCGGUCUGUCUGCUUAAAUGACAGAUGCCAUCACAAGCUUUUUGAUCACAGAUCUCCAGCCCCCUGCUAUAGUUGGAGGGGGGGGGGGGGCUUCAAACAACUGAUCCAUACACUCAAGCCCUCCUGCAAGGAGCUGCCAUCACCCUUCCUGCUGGAGGACCUCCUGAAAGAACAACACAGCAAAGGCAAAAUGAACUUGGCUCAACUGCUGAGGAUGAAAACGGGAAACAAAGAGAAAGUAUAUGACCACGCUGCUCCCCUCGAGUUUGAGCCCAGGGUACGCGGGCAACCUUCCAGUCACGGCAGGGAAGUUCCUCACUUUGUCACUUUAAGUGUGGACAUUUGGUUUCACAGUGGGCAGGGCAACACUCAACGGUACCUCACACUAUGGGCACACUACAUAGACCGCAAUUUUAGCUUUCAUAAUCUUGCCCGAGGAACACAAAGGCUGAGAUGGAGUGGAGUGAGACAUUGCAGCCUUCGGUUGGUGGAGGCCCAAGUGAAAGCCAUGGCACAGGAAUGGGGAAUUUCUCAGCCUAAUCUGCUCUUGUUUGGAGGGGAAGGAAGGAAAAAGAUCAGGCUGGUGCCAACAGAGAAAGAUGCCGAGGCAGGAUGCGUCUCUCCUCCAAACUCAACAACGUUUCUGGAGACGGAGGACUCCCCUGAUGAACCAUCUUGCUGGGAGCAUGUCCAUUCUAACGAAGAACUGCAGACAGUGCCGUGUUUCUUCAGCGCUUUGCAGAGCUGCAUUGAAGAAGUUAUGUCACAUAAUGUAAUUUCCAAAACGCUUAACCAGUUCCACAGUUUUCUCUCAAGCCUGCUCCAUCCACCAGCUCAAAGCAAAAGCUCAUAUCAGCAUCUCGCCCAGAGCCGCUUGCAGACUUUGACGAGAGAAGAACAGACGGACCUGAGUUCAUGGGCUCAUAGUCGACCAACCUGAAAUAAGCUGUACCCCUUAGCAUACUCAUCAAACAUAAAAGCCUUUUCUGUGAUAUAAUAAAAGAGAUCAAGGAGGAGGAUUUGUCCGAAGACAGCAGUCCUUCAGACUCAAGUUUGUCUUUGUGCUCUCAAACAAACUCCACCAUCUCAACAAGCAUCUUCUCCUUACAUUCUGAAUGGAAGGUUCUGGAGGAGCUGUGUUUGGUCCUCAAACCUCUGCAUGUCGCCUGUCAAACUCUUGCCAAAGAAGCCUUUCUCCGUCUGUCUCUAAUUAAACCUAUUCCACUGGACUGCUGUCUCGCCAUCUCAUCACCCGACCAGAAGAUUCAUCAUCAGUUCUGAAGGAGGUAAAAAGGAUGGUGAGGCGGAGCUUGGCCAACUGCUACGACAACCCCGCGGUCAACAGAGCUCUCUGUGUGGCGUGCUCCCUCGACCCCCAGUUCCACGGCCUGGGAUUCAUGGAGGAGAAGGAACAGGUAGCCACUUUUGAUUGGCUUAAGAAAGAAGCCAUCAGAAUUGUCAAGGAAGAUAGGAGGAGGCAAAGCAAAAAGCAUUAGCCGAUUAAGAGGAGCCCCUCCCCUGGGUCACCAGAAUCAGAGGGCAACCAUCUGCGGAGGAGCAAACGCAUCAAAGAAUCAGGCCCAAUCAACUUCAGAAAGAUCGCAGAUGAAGUCGAGGGCGAUGUAGGAGAGGCCAAGGGUAUGGAGUUCCUGCUGGGAGAUCUGUUCUGCUCUGCCCCCAGAGUACACAAAGCUCCAUAGAGGACUCUGUAGACGUGGAGAUGACUGUCUUUAGAGCUGACAAAGGGGCUUGACUGGGAGUGAAUCCCCUGCAGUGGUGGAGGACAAAAGCAGUACAGUUUCUGCUAUUGGCCGACGUGGCACGUGCCCACCUGGCUGCCCCUGCCGUGGCAGGUCAUGUAGCACAGGACUACGCUCAGGAUAGAAUGGACACUGUGUACCGGCAAAGAGAUAACAUCCCCUCAGAAAGUUUGGAUGCACUCCUGUUUUUAUACCACAACAGCAUGGCAACUACCAAGAGCCUUCCUACGGCUGUUAGGACAGAUGACAGGAACGGUGGGGUUGAUAAGGUCCCAUAAGCACAACAAUCCGCUUCACAUUUAAAGCAUAAAACAAGGGCUCAACAGCAAAAUAGAUUACCUUUUACUGCAAUCAGUACAAAUGUAUGGAGCUUUGUAUGGUUUUGCAUUUAUGAACGACAAUGGGUUUAAAAUGAACCACUCCAUUUGUAGUUGAAGUGUAGUACUUUGCAGAGUAAAAUGUCUCUAAAACAUAUUUGACUGAAAAGUUUAUUGACGAUUGAAUUGAAUUUAUUGAAUCAAAUUUUCUAAAUAUUUCAGCCUUUAAGUAAUUAUAUAUUUUAUUUUAUUUUUAUUUUCAAUUUGAAUUUUUAAGAAUGAUAUGUAUAGAACUGAACUGAAGCCUGAAAACCGUACCCCAUAUUGGUAGUAUGUAAAAAACACCAUCUGUGGCCUUGCUUUUGCAGAGAGAAAAAUCUGAAUUUUAGAAUAAAUAUAAGGAUCUGAUUAGCUCAUUGUUGGUUUUGGUUGUCAUAGAAGAAGAAUCUCUGGAAGCUCAAAAAAUACUUGCUUAGAAUAAACACACAAUUUUAGACAAGGAAUGUUAAUUUUUCACGCACACUGCUGUAAUUGAAUGUGUCCAGCUACUUACAGAAUUUUUUUCAGCACCACAAUAUACCCUUUUUUACAGCUUUUUUUUCAUUGUUCUGUAUUUUUUAUACUUUGUAAUAAAGGAAGUAUACUUUUA